GCUAAGUGUCAGUCGACAUUGUAAUCACUCAGGCCUGUCUAAAAUUCAAAGUGCUCCAUCGACCUACAAACGAAAAAAUAAAAGAAGAAAACCCAGAGAUGCCACCCAAGAUCCAGCACCGGGACGUGGCUGGGUUCCUAAGCCGCGUUCGCGAUUUCUUUCUGGGCCGAACUCACAACACAGCGCACCGCUUCGCAGACACUAUCUCUCCACGCACCCAGCCGGCCCCCGAUAUACCCCGGGGUCCGUCGCAGAGUCUCUUCGCCAACUAUUACUACAUGAGGGAUCCUCGGGGACAGCUGAAGCCGCUCGUCGACUUGAUGCAGGAGCAAAAGCCAGAGCCGGUCAAGGAGAAGGCAACUGAGGCGGCCAAUGAUGCCGAGCUGGACUCCGAUCAAGAGGAUCAGGGAAAAAGCAAUGACAAAGCUAAGAAGCUUCCCACACCCGGAAGGGUUCACUCCUGGGAAGGACCAGACUGACCUCUCUAAUUUCCUAGUUAUGUAUUGGCAUUCCGUCGAAAUGAAUUAAAGUAUUUGUUUGCAAA